AUGAAUAACCGAAAGGUGCUUAUUCCAUUGAGUUUAUUGUCUCUUCUCUCUCUUAUAGCAGAUUGCUCUGCACAAGACCAUGUUGCUGUCUCUGGCUCAGCUGGGGGGAGAGCAGUGCUGCCCUGUUCUUACACCCCCACCCGUGGGCAGGAUGUAGCAGUCACAUGGCAUGCAUAUCCAGAUCAGAGUUCAGUUCUAUUAAUUGACUCAGAGACCUCAGCACCCAUCCCUGCGCAGUGGAGCGGCCGAGUGAAACUGUCUGAUGAAGUCUCCUCUGGAAACGCCUCUCUGCUAAUCUCUGAGCUCAGACUGGAGGACACUCGGGAUUACACGUGUACAGUGCAGAUCAAUGGGAAAUGUGUCACUUACAGGAAUAUUAAACUGACAGUUCAAGAACCUCCAAAGAGAGAUUCAACUACUUCAAGAACAACAACGACCACAACCCCGACAACUAGACCAUCAACAACCCCGACAACUAGACCAUCAGCAACCCCGACAACUAGACCAUCAACAACCCUGACAACUAGACCAUCAGCAACCACGACAACUAGACCAUCAACAACCCCGACAACUAGACCAUCAGCAACCCCGACAACUAGACCAUCAACAACCCUGACAACUAGACCAUCAGCAACCACGACAACUAGACCAUCAACAACCACGACAACUAGACCAUCAACAACCCCGACAACUAGACCAUCAGCAACUCCGACAACUAGACCAUCAGCAACUCUCGCUAUCCUCUCUGCAGUAGCCGUCUCUGCUGUCAUCGGCAUCAUAGGUGCUGCAGUCUUUGUCAUUUUAAAGUACAAAAGGAGAGCAGCGGAUGCUAAUGGGAAUAACCAGAAUGCUGGAGAUCAGAAUGCGAGCUCAGACUUGGUUACCUACGCUGUAAUCGAUCACACGAGACAGCCGGGAGGAGCCCCAGUCCGGUCAGGGGUCAGUGCUGUGGACAAUACGGAGUACGCCACUGUCCAGAUCCACAGAUAGGACACGUCUCACCCAGCCACCAGGGAUACAAGAGAGCUUCAAAAACAAGAUGAACCAAGGACUUGACUAACAUUGAUUUACUGCAGCGCUUCAAUGAAUCAUACCAACUCUGAUGAGAACAAUAAACACAGCGAGCCACUAACAAGCAACUACCUGACAUUCUUAAUUCGAUCUUAACCAUUUCACUGCCACUGCUAAUAGAAUGCUGUGGCCAUAUUAUUUCCCCCUAUUUUUGGGAAGUAUAAAAUUCCAUGUUAAAAGGGUUUUAAAUCUUACCUGUUCGUUCGCUGUGCAGGUUGCACGUGUAGUUUUGAAAGAAGCACAUGUUCUAUAACAAGCAUGCUUUUUCCUUUUUAAAAAUGUUAUCAUACUGGUACCAUACAGUAGUGUGCAAAUGUAUUAGAAAACCUCAAGAUUUGUAAUUGAUAUCCUUUAUAUACCUACCUGCAUGAAAACCUGGGAGUGAGAAUUUCAAUUUUCAAUCAGUGAUAUAGAAACAAUAGACACUCAUGUGUGAAAAUGUUAGACCGUUUUGUGCUUCAAUUAGGCAUCAUAAACAACUUCUAAAAAGUGUCACGCAUUUUAUCUUUUGUGGCUUUGUGUUCUUUUUCUCUUACUAUUUAAUAAAUUGCAUGUGUGGCCUAUUAAAGGCAUCAAUUAAAUAAGACAAUCACUGUUGGUUUUGACAAUUUCCAGUGGUUUGAUUUCCUAUGCACAACAAAUGAACACAGCAGAAGCAAUGGGGUGUUGUAAUCCAGGUGCACACUUCUGUACUAGUUUGCAUGCCUUACUUUGGAUACACACACACCAGUCCCAAGCUGAGCUCCUGCAGGUGGUGUGAUCCCAGCCUCAAAGAGAAGCCAGUCCUCCUCAUUGCAGUGUUCAUCCACAUUGUUAAUGAGAGCCUUUACAGCAGGAGAUCGCUCACCAGCAGAGAUGCGUCAUGAAAGAGGCCACAGGGCCUCUUGCUUCAUUACUGCAUGCCCUUGAAUGCAUGCACGUGUA